AUGGGAUCGCAGGAUUCGCAGCAGCAUGUCGGCGGUGCCCCGUCAGCCGAGACCCGCGUCGACAUGGCCAUGGCCAUGGCCAUGGCGGGGCAUAAAGACGCGGGGCCCGAGCAGCAGCAACGGCAGCUGCGGCGGGCGCUUAGUGUCAGCGCCAGCCGCCGGCGGCGGGGCGGCACAGGCGGGCUGGAGCGCAACGACCGGGCCACGCUGCUGCUGGUGGCCACGCUCAUCACGACGCUGUCGUACCAGGUGGGCAGCAACGUGCCCGGCGGCUACUGGCAGGACAACGACGAGUCGCCGCCGCACCGGCACCGCGCGGGGGAUCCCAUCCUUCGGGACGAGCACUACGGGCUGUACGUGCUCUUCGUGUGGUCGAGCUGGAUCGGGUUCGGCAGCUCCAUGGUGCUCACCAUGGGCCUGCUCACCGGCGUCGCCACGGGGUCGCGUUUCGUGCGCUGGCUCUUCGUCGUCGCCUACUCCACGCUCGUGCUCACCUUCAUCAUGUCCCAGUCGCACACCAUUGUCUGGAUCAACGUCGUCGUCUGGGUCGCCGUCAUGGCCGCGCUCGCCUUCGCCAUCACCUACCGCCGCCUCAGCGACCUCAUCGAGUGGCUGUGCGGGGACAAAGACACCCACCACCAUCAAGUUCAAGUCGCCGCCAUUACACAUGACCAAGCCGAAUAA